UGGGAGCGGCUCGGCUUUCAGGACGUUGGCUUUUGAACAUGUCGCGCUUGAAGAGAAUAGGAGAGCGGGAUCCCCGGGCGGGUUUCAGGGCGGAGCCCAGGGACGGUGGGGCUUCGGCUGUCCCACAGGGACUGUUAAAGGCGGCGAGGAAGAGCGGCCAGUUGAAUCUGUCGGGUCGGAACCUCAGUGAAGUGCCUCAGUGUGUAUGGAGACUAAACGUGGAUGUCCCUGAGGAAGCCAGCCAGAAUCUUUCAUUCAGUUCUACUGAGCGGUGGUGGGAGCAGACAGAUUUGACCAAACUUAUCAUAUCAAACAAUAAACUUAAGUCACUGACAGAUGACCUCCGACUUCUGCCUGCACUGAUAGUUCUUGAUAUACAUGAUAAUCAACUGACAUCACUUCCUUCUGCUAUCAAAGAGUUAGAAAAUCUUCAGAAACUUAAUGUCAGCCAUAACAAAUUGAAAGGACUUCCUGAAGAAAUAACAUACCUGAGGAAUCUCAAGGGCUUGUAUCUCCAGCACAAUGAACUGACUUGCCUACCAGAGGGACUUGAGCAGCUUCUCAAUUUGGAAGACUUGGAUCUUUCCAAUAACCGUCUGACAACUGUUCCUGCUAGUUUUUCUUCUCUGUCCAGCCUGGUGCGACUCAAUCUUUCCAGUAAUCAGCUCAGCAGUUUGCCAGCGGAGAUAAGCAGGAUGAAAAAAUUAAAGCAUUUGGACUGUAAUUCAAAUCUCUUGGAAACUAUACCUCCUGAGUUGGCUGGCAUGGAAUCACUAGAAUUGCUUUAUUUGCGGAGGAAUAAAUUACAUUUUCUACCAGAAUUUCCUUCUUGUAAGCUGUUAAAGGAAUUACACGUAGGAGAAAACCAGAUCGAAAUGUUAGGGGCAGAACAUCUUAAGCAUCUGAAUUCUAUCCUAGUGCUGGACCUUCGGGAUAACAAGUUAAAAUCUCUUCCAGAUGAAAUUACACUACUCCAGUCUUUGGAGAGACUUGACCUAAGCAACAAUGACAUUAGUAGUUUGCCCUAUUCACUGGGAAACCUUAAUUUGAAGUUCCUGGCACUAGAAGGAAAUCCUUUGAGAAGCAUUAGAAGAGACAUUUUAAAUAAAGGAACCCAAGAAAUCUUAAAAUACCUACGAAGCAAGAUCAAAGAUGAUGGGCCAAGCCAGAAUGACUCUGUCCCUGCCACGGCCAUGACACUGCCCAGUGAAUCCAGAAUCAACAUGCACGCCAUCCUUACGUUAAAAUUAUUAGACUAUAGUGAGAAACAAGCAGCUUUGAUUCCUGAUGAGGUGUUUGAUGCAGUUAAAAGCAACACUGUUACUUCUGUUAACUUCAGCAAGAAUCAGCUGUGUGAAGUUCCAAACAGGAUUGUGGAACUGAAGGAAAUGGUUUCUGAUGUCAAUCUCAGUUUUAACAAGCUUUCUCUACUACCUGUGGAAAUGUGUAUGCUUCAAAAAUUAACUUUUUUGGAUCUCAGGAACAAUCUUUUAAAUUCCUUACCUGAAGAAAUGGAAUCAUUGGUAAGACUACAAACAAUCAAUCUUUCUUUCAACAGGUUCAAAAUCCUGCCUGAAGUUCUGUAUCACAUCCCCACACUUGAAACAAUUUUAAUUAGUAACAAUCAGGUUGGAUCUGUGAACCCUCAGAAAAUGAAGACAAUGGAAAAUCUUAUUACAUUGGAUCUUCAGAAUAAUGACCUCCUCCACAUUCCACCCGAGCUUGGUAGUUGUGUGAACUUAAGAACGUUACUUCUGGAUGGAAAUCCAUUCCGUGUUCCUCGGGCAGCCAUACUGAUGAAAGGAACAGCUGCUGUGCUGGAGUAUCUGAGAGACCGAAUCCCUACUUAGAGUUUUGUUGUAAUAUUUGUCACGUUAGCUCCUGAAUGAUCUUGGUUAGUUAAUUCUUCGAAAUUCUGACAUUACAUACUAGCAUUUUUCUAAUGUAUGUAUUCAUCAUGGUGAUGACUACACAUUGAGUUCAGACAUUUAUUCUCAAUGUUUAGCACAAGAGAUGCUCUGCUCACUAUCAUUCCCUUAUAAUGAAUGGUUACCUUAAAAAGUGAUGUUUAUCCCCCCAUAAAAUUUUUUAAAAAGUUGAUGUUUUAUUUAAUGUGAUUUAAUAUUUUAAUAACAACAAAAAUUCUUUUCUAAACACACACACACACACACACACACACACACACACACACACACACUUCUGCUUGUGUUACAUAAAAUGUGACCAGCUGACUUGAACAUGACUAUUCAAUAUCUUUUUUUUUUUAUUAGAUAUAAAAUUGAAUCAAGUUUUGGUACUUUGUCAUUUAAAAACAAAGUAAGACAUUGUAUUGCCUGUGUAUUGUGGCAUGGUUGUUGAAUUGACAUUCACUCUCUUUUUUGCUUUAAUUUAGUUGACAUAUUCCUUUUUUAGUCUUUCCCCAUGUUAUAAAGUCAUUUUGUCAGGCAUUCUAGUGUCAUAGAAAUGAAUACUACACAAAAUAGUUAUUGUUAGAAAAACUAAUAAUGUCAUUUGUUUAAUUGUUUUGAUGCUUAUUGUUUCCUGUUUGUGUCACUUUUUAAACAUAAACAGUUGUGACAAGUGUUUUAUAUGAUAACUCAGUAUUAAGUUUCCACAAAUAAUUUAGUACUUCUAGAUUCAAGAUACCUUUGAAGUGAAUGUAUUCGUAUGCUUUUUGCUCAGACUAUAAACAUUUGAAAAAUAUAUUUUGUCUUUUAUAAAAGUCUACCAGAUACCUUACAUCGACAAAUACCAGCAACAGAAACUAGUACAUAACAUACUGCAUAGAAACCUGAAAUGUACUUUGAAUAUCUCCUAAGCUGGUUUUUGUAGACAUCAUUUACCCAUGUAGGUUAAUACUACUCUGUUUUUUAAUUUCUAGGAUCUUGAUUUUUUUUUUUUUGUAUUGCUUGUGGUCUUGAUAAGACUUAAGUUGGUCAUUUUCUAAAAGGGAAUGUAUUGAAAGAGAACCUAAUUUAAUAAAAAGCAAAUGUAAACCCUUUUAUUUACAUCAAAAAUACCAAAAGUGAAUUGCUCACUGCAUAUAAAACUUACCGUGUUAUCCUACUAAGUACCCAGUCAAUUGAAUAGGCACCAGUCAGCAUAGAGAGCUGGGUAGAUCGAUUUUGGGUGACUGAGGCAUGCUUAUGUAAAGAUCAUUGAUAAUGUAGAGAAAUAUGACCUAAUAAUAGGCAGUUUUUAGUUUAGUUUUUUUUUUUUUUUCAAAUAAUUGAUUACAGUGUUUGUUCCUUCCAAGGAAUUGUGCUUUUUUUUUUUUUCCUCUCCCAUGCUACAAGUUCUGUGGUUGACCUGAAAUCUGUUUUGAGAGUAAACAAGAGACACUUUACAAUAAGGUGACAUUUUAUUAUUUAUACAAUAAAGAGACUUUUAUGUUAUUCAAAACACUUUUUUUUUUUAAAUACUGAAAAAGUCAAGUACACCAAAGCCGAAAAAUGGCUCUGCUGUACAUUGCACAGCAUGAUUUCAGUCCCUGUAUUCUGUGUCUGUACAGAAAGCAUCUUCAGAAUGCAUCCUAAUCACAUUGUACAACUUUACUGAUUAGUGUCAAUACAUAAAGUAAAACCGGAGAGUGUAAGCUUGCAUUUUUAAGUUAACCGACAAAGUAAAUUCACCAGUUCAGUAGAUUUUAAAAUAUAGAUUCAUAGGACAUCUUUGCACAUCAAAGGAAGCAGCCUGCAGGGUCGCUAUGGUCUCAUACUGCAAAGAACCAUUAAGUACAUUCACGAUCUAUGUUAAUAAAGUCGUAGAUAGGUCUUCAUUCAGCUUUUUAUUUACAUCAGUAUAUAGUUCAACUAAAAAGUACUGUUAGUUGUGAUACAGUCGUUUUUAACACAUACAAAAAUGACAAUUUUUAAAUAUAAUUUAAGCUCAAAAUCACAGUUAUCUCAAAAUAUUAGUUACAAUACAGCCAUUUCGCUUAAACAUGUCAUGAUUUAAUUUUUUAUAAAAUGGUAAAAUUUUUUUUAUUAAAGUAAGCAAUUUGUUUUGAAUUGCCUAGAGUUUACCCACGUAAAAAACCUUAAAUGUUAAGAGAUGUUGCCUGCCCCCUCCCACCCAAAGUUGUAUCCAGCCACCUAGGCUAGCAAAGAGACAGAAAAGGCCCCAAUUUAUAAAGAUUAAGCCUCUUUUGCUAUACUGCUGUGGCUUGUUGAUUCUUCCAUAAAAGCUUUACAAGGGGACUGUCAACUCUGCAGUGAAAUGCAUGCACUAAUAUACAGUAUGUCUAUGUCAAAUGUAGUGUUCACUAAUGCACAUUCAAAUGUUCACAAAGACUGCAAAGGAAGUCAGAAAUAAAGAAGCACUGAUAAAGAUCAA